UACACAUAUUCUUCCAUGGACCAUGUGCCAGAAUUGUGAUCUCAGAUUUGGACUUGAUCUCCAGGCUUCAGGACUGGCCAAUGGAGAUUUAAAGCUAAUUACAGCCAGCAAACGCAAGCCUGAAGCCUAGUGGAGACAAAUGUGGAACCAAGAGAAUACAAAAUUGGAAUGUACCUCUUCUCAAGAUAUGGAACCCACUUUUGGGGGUGGACUGCUCGAUAUGGUAAAAGGAGGAGCUGGAAGACUCUUCAGCAACCUAAAGGACAACCUGAAAGAUACCUCCUCAAAAGUCAUGCAAUCUGUAGCCAGUUAUGCCAAGGGAGAACUUAAUAUUUCGUACAUCACAUCAAGGUUAAUAGUGAUAACCUAUCCUGCUGAAGGAGUGGAGUUGAGUUUCAAGAAUCAGAUUGAUGAUGUCCGAUCAUUCUUGGAUUCCCGGCACUUGGAUCAUUAUACAAUCUUUAAUUUAUCUCAGAAAUCAUACAGAAGUGCCAAGUUUCACAACAGAAUAUCUGAGUGCAGCUGGCCGGCUCGACAAGCUCCCAGUUUACACAACUUGUAUGCAGUAUGUAAGAAUAUGCAUCACUGGCUACAGCAAAAUCCCAAGAAUGUCUGUGCUAUUCACUGUGUGGAUGGAUGCCCUGCCUCUGCCAUUUUAGUGUGUGGAAUGUUCUGUUUCUGCCAUCUGUUCUCUUGCCCAAUUCCAGCCGUCCAGCUGCUGAAUACAAAACGACCAGGGCCUGCACUUUGGCCUUCACACAGGAGGUAUAUUGGAUAUAUCUGUGAAAUGGUUUCUGAUAAACCCAAGCUCCCACACUGUAAGCCCAUCAUCAUUAAAACCAUCACAGUGAGCCCUGUCCCUUGCUUUAACAAGCAGAGAAAUGGCUGCCGACCUUUUUUUGAGGUUUUUAUUGGUGAAACAAAGAUUUUUACUACUGCACAAGAAUAUGAUAAAAUGAGAGAACAUCGAAUCCAGGAGGGAAAAGUCUUCGCUUCUUUGGGUGUUAGUGCCCAUGGAGAUGUUGUUGUUGCUGCCUUUCACAUGCGGUCAACAAUUGGUGGAAGACUUCAAGCAAAGCUAACAAACACACAGAUAUUUCAGAUUCAAGUCCACACUGGAUUCAUUGCUCCUGGAACAACAGUUUUAAAGUUUACAAAACCCGAGUUGGAUGCUUGUGAUUCUCCAGAGAAGUAUCCCCCAAUGUUUCACGUGAUACUGGAAGUGGAGGUUGAACCCUCUGAUAAAAGAUUUGACCUGACUCCACCCUGGGAGCAGUGGGACACCAAAGAUCUUGCACCUAAAAUCCUUUUUUCAAGCCACCAAGAGCAUCAGGAAACUUUAGCAGCCGGCAAAUCUGUGGCAGAUUUGGAAACUGCAUCAGAUAAUAUUAAGAGCAUGGGACAAAGUACAUUUUUCCCAUCCCUGGGUCACCAAGAAACAAGAAGUGACAAAAACGGUGCUAAUCCACCUUCAGAAGACCGAGCAGCUCUUGUAAAUGAAGAUAGCGAGCCAUCUGAUGAUGAACUUCUGUCACUCUCCAGCCAACACAGUACUGCUAGCACAGAGAAACAUCAUAGGACACAGCAAAGUUGCAAAGCACAGGCAUCUUCUCAGUCCUCGGCCCCUGAAAGUGUGGAUCUUCUUGGCUUAAAUGGAGAUAUUACAGGCCAGACCCUUCCUCCUGUUGCUCAAGCCAGAUCUAUGCCAACCAACUCUGACUUGCUUAAUGAUUUGUUCGGCAGCACCUCCUCUAUUCCAUCAGCUCCAGGUUCAGCCCAUUCUACCCCUCGAAGGUCCGCAGGCUCUCCCUCUCUAUCACCUUCAAGAAUCAAUGAAGGAACAACAUUUGAUCCCUUUGAUUCUCAUGCAAACCAAAACAAUCAAGAUUUACUUGGUGUUUUUCUCAGUCGAAGUGGUGCAACUUCUCCAGUUGGGCAAACAGAGCCAUUCCUGCACACAGCCAGGGCACCAUCUCCUACACCACAUAGUCCUGCUGGCGAUCCUUUUAACAUGGGUAGAAUCUCUCCUGUUCUGCCAUGUACUCCAGCUGUCUCUGUUCAGCCAGAUCUUAUGGGAGGAUGGAGCUUGGGAUCUACCAGUUCAUCUGCUGGUUCAACAGCCUGGGCAAGCAGACCAGCCUCCUCAGGAGGGGUCAUGGGUGUGAGCAGGUCAGCCAACACAAGCCCUACAAGCUCUAUACAGAGUACCCCUACACGCCAGUCCAAGCCACAGACACUGGAUCCUUUUGCAGACCUGGGUGCGCUUGGUGCCAAUUUAGCAGGUGGUUCAUCAUUUUCAAGCAAACCCACCACACCUACUGGGACAUCAGGUGGAUCAUUUCAACCAGUGGGGUCUCCACAGAAACAAUCCCCUCAACCCACAGGAGGAGGUUCUUGGCAACAGAAUGCGGGAUUUGGUUGGCAACAAGGUUCAUCUGCCUGGCAACAGCCACAAACUAAACAGUCAAAGUCCCAACAGGCAGUACCCCAGUCAUCUCCACAAAAUAGACCUAAUUAUAAUGUGAGCUUUGCUAGUGUCAUUGGUUCUCGAGAGGAACGCGGAUCAAGAGGACCAAAUUUCGGAACUCGGCCAAAAGUUGCAGACAGUAACUUUGAGGACUUGUUGUCAAGCCAAGGGUUUGCAUCCCAGAAGGAUAAGAGGGGUCCAAAGACGAUAUCUGAAAUGAGAAAGGAAGAAAUGGCUAAAGAUAUGGAUCCUGAGAAAUUGAAGCUACUGGAUUGGAUCGAAGGGAAAGAAAGAAAUAUACGGGCAUUGCUGUCAACUAUGCACACUGUUUUAUGGGAAGGGGAAACAAAGUGGAAGCCUGUUGGCAUGGCAGAUCUCGUUACUCCUGAACAAGUGAAAAAAGUCUAUCGGAAGGCAGUACUUGUUGUUCACCCCGAUAAAGCCACUGGUCAGCCAUAUGAACAGUAUGCCAAGAUGAUAUUCAUGGAAUUGAAUGAUGCCUGGUCAGAAUUUGAAAGUCAAGGCCAAAAGCCUCUGUACUAAUUUAAUGCAAAUAUUUUGCCAGUGUUUACUGUUGACUCUAAUUGUGUUAAAUGUUUAGUUCCUAUUUUGCUUUAAUGUGGAAGUAUACUGCCUUCCCUUGGUAAAUCUGUAUACAGGCACUCAUUUACUAAUUAAUUGAGUAUAUAUCAUUCAACCAAGCUAUUCUUGUUUCAAAGACAAGUCCUUUUACAAGGGGUUUUGUUUAAAGUAAGUUAUAACUGGAAAAAAGUCACUAAUACAUGAUUUUUGGGGGCUUAUAAAAAUAAGAAUUGACCCCUUCUGUGAUUACUUUCCUCUUAAUUUUGUUUGCAAUGCAAUUUGUAACAUUCUGCCCGAAUCUUAAUAUUUACAUACUUUAUUCUGAAAAAUGUUGCAUGUAAUUUGAAAUUUAUCAUGUUGAAGUUCUGCUUUUCAUUU